AUGCCCGAGUACGGCGCCUUUGUCCCGCCAGGCUACGUUCCCACGCUCCCGAACAGCGAACAGCUAUCAGACGCCAGCGUGGUUUGGGGCAUGUCCUUGUCCCUAACAGUCUUCGCCUUCAUCCGCUGCUUCUCGCAGACGUACGCCCAGUGGAGGCGGAUCCGGAAGGUGAACCUCUACAUGGCCCUGAUCUGGCUCGAGCUGUGGUCCAGCACGUUAAUUGGUGUCAUCUAUUUUGUAUACAUGCGCGGGCAUAUACCACCCAGUUUCUGGUUUUUUGGAGGAACGAUUCUGCUCUGGACAAUCCAAGUUCAAUGCAUCUAUCAAAUCAUCCUCAACCGAGUCGGCCUCAUCGCCGAUAAUACCGCCCUGGUGCGCCGCUUGAAAUGGGCCGUGUUUGGCUUCAUCGUCCUCAUCAACAUCGCGGUCGCAUGCAUCUGGAUACCAGCCCAGCUCCAGAUAUCUGACCGAUACAUCCUAAUCAACGAAAUCUGGGACCGUACGGAAAAGGUCAUACUCGCCAUUAUCGACGUGUGCCUGAACCUCUACUUUGUCUAUCUUGUGCGGUCGACACUGAUCACGCGUGGGCUAUCAAGAUAUGUGACUCUCUACCGUGUGAACAUAUUCAUGAUUUCCAUCUCGAUGACCAUGGAUGUUCUCAUCAUUACCAUGAUGUCCCUCAACAACAUCUACUUUUAUAUAUUCUUCCACCCACUUGCCUACUUGGUUAAACUGCAUAUCGAACUAUCCAUGGCCGACCUUAUCGCCAAACUCGUCAAAAUAGGAAGCAUAGCCGGAGUAUGCAACUGCGAGUGCCACCGAGACCUUGGUCCCAAUGCGAUGGGGUUUGCACCUACCAUUGGACGCCUGAGCAAUUGGAGUCCCAUACAGCAGUACCGCGCCCGCCAUCGGAACAACUGCACAAGCUCCGAGGAUAACAGCGAGACCGAACCAACAAGACCACCGGAGAUCAGGGGUGUGGCACAAGAGCGUCCAAGGCGGGCCAUGGGCGAUACAUGGGCAAGUUCAGCCACGCGGAAUUCUGCAUCAACUCUAGAAAGACUAAAGUCGGCAAGCUCGGAUGAGGAGCCUAGUAAGGUCAAUUCAGCGGUCGUAUCUGUCGAACCUCACCCAAGCACGGUGCCUGAUUUUCAGCAGGUAUAA